UUUUUUUUGGCAAGUUCCGUAGGAAAAUUUUUCUAACGCGCUCUGUCUUUAUUUUAUAAAAGAAAAACACGUAUUUCACCAUUCCUUCAAAAAUGACUAUGACGGCACGAGAAAAAAGUCUGCUAGCCGCAGCCGAUCAUGAAUGGACUGCAGAAGAGGAAAUACAAUUAUUCUAUGCCAUGGGAGGCUUAAAACCGGUAGGAGUCAACAGACAUUUCUACAUAGCCUGUAUAACAGAUCGUCUGUCCAGAAGUUUAAAUCGCGACUACACGACCGAAAGUAUAUGGGUGCACUUGAGAACAAUGUAUAAUCUAGAAGCUUUAGAGGAUUUAGAGCCAUUACCAUUUCCCAACGAAGAAAGAGAAUUUUCACUGCCAGAAGCUGAAUUUUCCACGCUGUUGUCGAAAAAACGUGCUGCCAGUGAGGAAAGUCGUCAGAGCAAUGACGGUCCUCCCUCAAUAAUAGCAGUGGUAACAGAUAAUACCAUCAGUAAAGAUAAAACUUUGAGUUCACAAACAAAAACCUCUUCAAGUUUAAUUACCUCUAAGGAAUUGGAUAAAAAACUUACGUCGAAGUUAACCGAUGGUCCGAAAAGAACACCUAAACGUACUAGAGGUUCCAUGUCUUUGGAGUCCAGUAGUCCUUCGACUACCCCACCGCCUAUACAAAGCAAUAAAAGGCGUCGCAUUUAAUUUAAUAACCCCUUAAACAUUUCACUCCCUCUAAAAACAUCAUAAACUAAGCGAAUUUUCAUGUUUUAAAAUUUUUUUACAUUCAUAGUUUUAAAUUUAGAUUUUAGUUUCAUUUUUUUAUUAAAAUACAAAGUAAUACUUAAUACAUAAA